AUGGGAUUUCCCCUCUUUCUGAGCUUGUUGGCCUCACUGGGCACAGGUUGGGCGCAGGUGUGCGAUCACAAUGAGACAUGUGAUGCUGUCGACACAAGCUUGAUCCAGACGGACAGCACAGAAAGGAAACAAGGCCGCAAACAUGGUAGACAUGGGCGGUCGCUGCAACCAUCCUUGCUUCAAUCCGACCAGGCCAUAUUGAAUGAAGCCCAAGUGCAAGCACUGAAACGGCCUGACCGCUGGCAUGGCGUGAACUAUGGAAAUCGCUUUGUCCCGGAAGAUUGGAUUGAGUAUCCCUACAACUUCUUCGAAAACGUGACGAAGUUCGGUCCAAGAGUGGCCCUUUGGGACCUGCCACCUGGACAGGCCUCCAAGGAGCGAAUGCUCACGUGGCUGGAGACUAGCAUUCAGGAGUCGCACUUCGCAGAGAUGCAACGGAUGGCGGUGGAACUGAUGCGACUUCCGGUGGGCUAUUGGAACUUCGUGACCUACCCGGAGAACACGGGGCCAGUGGUGCCGCAGCAUUUCGAGGAGCGUGUGAAGAAUCUUCACAAGAUCGCAACGCCUGAGGAGUAUCGUCCCUACUUGGACAAGGUCUUCAAUUGGGCCAGCAAAUAUGGGAUCAAGGUGCUCUUGGAUUUCCAUGCUUUGCCUGGCUCUCAGAAUGGUGAGAUACACAGUGGGGUCUGUAUGAGAGAUUCUGCUGGUAAAAACACAGAUUUCUUUCAGAACGAUGCGAAUGCUGCGAAAGCACUGGAGACCAUCAGAGAGAUGGCACGCUACACCAAAGACAAAGAUGCACUUUGGGGAAUCCAGGUCAUCAACGAGCCACAUCUCUUCAACUCUGAGGAGCACUCAUUCUUGAAGAAGUUCUUCGAGGACGCCUGCAAGUUGAUCCGAGACGAAGGUAUUGCCAUGGAAAAGCCUUGCGUGGUCUUCUCCUGGACAUACGACAUGGACAAAUGGAUCGACUGGAACAAUCCGAUGUUUCCCAAGGAGACCUACGGCCGUGUGAUCUUCGACACUCACUUGUAUCACUUCCCAGAUGGCACGUGGACCUUGGACCAAGCGAAGGCCUCGUACAAGGAUGACUUGAUUUCCACACGCCGCUUCUUCCUCGAUGCUCAGAUCGAUCUCAUUGUGGGAGAGUAUACGCUGGCAGGGACAGGCCUUGGACCGUCCGAUCAGAAGGCUUUUGCUCAGUGGCUGGUGGAUGAGUUUGAUUUCACUGCAGUGGGCUCCAUUUUUUGGACCUUUGAUUGCCAGCAUGAUGAUUGGAGCCUGGUGAAAACCGACCACAACGUGAACUGGGCUCAGAUUUGGAGAUCGGAUCGUGACGACUGUAUCUCCUACAAUCAAAUCAACCUCCAAAGUGCCGACUGGCGCUUUUUGUCCAAGGGAGGUGGUGAAAACCCCAAAAUGAAGCCCUCAGCCCAGAAUUGGGAAGUAUGGCACACCUGUUAUCAAAAGGAACCAGCCCAAACUCCUGGAGCAGUGAAGAUGUCCUUCCGCAGCAUUGCAGAUGGAGGAUACCUAAGUGUGACUUCGGAUCGGCAGGUAAGGGGUUCCUGGAUCCGGCAGGGCUGGGAGACCUUCGAGGCUCUUUGUGAUGCCCAGGCGAGGUGUAAACUGAAGUCUUUCCAUGGCACUUGGCUGAGCCCUUCGGCGAACUACGAAGACCCCGACGUUUGGGCAGUGGCUGCUGACCCACCAAAUGCCCCGCAGUGGCAUGCCAUUUCGCACUAG